AUGACCGCAAAUUUCACAUCCUGGGGAAGACCCUUCACUGAUGCAAAAAUGGACAUGUAUGGUGGAGAUAUUACACAAAGAUAUCAACUGGGAGCCCAGCAGCUCGCAGCAACUUCAGACAACUUUACGGAGGGUGUUCAAAAGACUCAGCAACCUAUCGUCACCGGUACAUCCGUUAUUGGCUUAAAGUAUAAGGAUGGCAUCAUGUUAGCAGCAGACAACUUAGCUUCAUAUGGUUCUUUAGCACGCUUCAAAGAUAUCCAGAGACUCUAUGGUGUUGGUGAUAAUACCGUUAUCGGUGCUGCAGGUGAUAUGUCAGAUUUCCAACACGUACAACAUGAAUUAGAAUCACUCUUCAUUGACGAAUACUGCAAUGACGAUGGUCACACUCUUGGUCCAGCACAGAUAUACGAAUACCUCUCCACAUUGAUGUAUCACCGUCGUAGUCAGCUUAACCCGCUCUGGAAUGCUUUCGUUGUUGGUGGUGUAGACCCUAAAUCCGGUGAAAGUACUUUAGCAUACGUUGAUUUAUUAGGUACAACCUACUCAGCUAAAACUAUUGGUACUGGUUAUGCAUCCAUGAUUGCUAUCCCAUUACUUAGAAGAUUGGUUGAAGACCGUGAGGAACCACCUAACGAGGAGGAAGCACUUGAAAUUAUCAAAACUUGCAUGAAGGUCUUGUUUUACAGGGAUGCUAGAUCACUCAAUAAGUUCCAAGUCGCUAAAAUUACCAAAUCUGGUGCAGACAUCAGUCCAUCAAUGUCUGUAGAGACUGAAUGGGGCUUCGCUGAAGGUAUUAGAGGUUACGGUGCACAAACUCAGUAA